AGCUCGGCUCGAGCCGCUUCCGGCCCCAGGCCUCUCCCGCUGGCGCCCGCGCCCAGGGCUCCGCGCCAGAGGCCAUGCGCUGGGCCCGCCUGGCGCUGCUCCUGGGCACUCGGUGCGGCCUCGGCGGGGCAGACGCACCAUCUCCGGGGCAGCGCUGCAACCAGGCGCGCGGGGGGUGCAGGCCGCUCCACGGCGCUGCCGCACGGCCCGAGGCGGAGCCGCCGCCGCCCGCCCGGGGGCGGAGGCUCUCGGCGACGCGGGCGGCCCCUCAAAUCGCCGACGAGAGCUGCCUGGUCGUCUCGGACUCGAGCGGGGGUCUCUACAUGCUCGGUGUCGGCCAGAACGUCUCGCUCAGCCCCGACCAGGUGAGCACUUCCCAGGGAGGCAGCCGAAAGGGCUGGGCCCUCGUGACGAUCGACGGCUCGACGCUGGAGUGCCGGGACACCAGGAACGCGUCGGCGGAGGAUGCGUGCGCCGAGUACUUGGGCAGCCAGGGCUGCGGCUGGACCAAGAACUAUGGCUGCCCUGGGCAGGCCAAGGGCGCCUCUGGCGACGCAGAGGACGACGGCAGCGUCGGGUACCUGUGCUGCUGCACCAAGGAGGCCUGGAAGCAGGAGCCUGGCACCGAGGCCGCCACUCAGCUGCAGGUGGACGCCACGGUGGGCGCAGGCACCGCCGCGGCCCCCGACACCACGCCUGGCGCCACCACCACCGCGGCGGAUGCCGACGCCGCGACGGCCGAGACCACGACCGGCUCCGACAGCACCUCGGCGGCGACCACGGCCAGCGCCGCUAGCACCGCGCCCGACACCAGCAGCAGCAGCGCCGCGGCGCCGGCCGACGCCGCGGCGGUCAGCACCACGGUGGGCGCCGGCAGCACCGCACCCGACACCACGGCCGCCGCCAGCAGCAGCAACAGCAGCAGCAGCAGCGGCAGCAGCAGCGGCAGCACCGCGGCGGCGGCCGACGCCGCGGCGGGCGGCACCACGGCGGGCACCGGCAGCACAGCGCCCGACACCACGACGGGCGCUGGCACCACCGCGGCCGACGCCGAGGCCGACACCACCGCGGACGGCACCGAGGACGAGCUGGAGGGCAAGGCCCUGAUGUUCGGCGGCGCGGUCGUCGGCAGGCGCGGGCGUGCGGGCGCGUGGGGCGCAGGCCCGGCUGGGUGGGCCAGCCUCGCAGGAGCGGCGCUGCUGGCCGCCGCCCUCGCCGUGGUGCGCGGCCGCCGCGCGCCGGCGGAGCGCUACGCAGCCCUCGACGAGGCGAAUGUGGCGAUGCUGCAAGCGGGGAGCUCGGACGACGGUUUCUGAGACCCGGUCGUGUCGCGGGGGCCGCCGCGCCGACGGGCGGGCUGGGUGUGCGGCCGAUGCGGAGCAGGUGCUUACCCGCGCGCCGCGACUUGCCCUUCCAGUUUUCAGGGUUUGCACAGGAGCGACCCUCUGAUGCAGGCGGCGCACCAAAGAUCGUGCGGGCCGUGUUUUGGACGAUUUCGGCCUCUGCCUGAGCGUGGGGGCUUUCCCAGGGGAUACGCAGUGAGUUUGCCAGUGGAUGCCAGGGUGGACUAUCUUUGGCCCACCCCAGCCUGUUAGUGGGUUAGUACGUGUCGAAGGUCGAUGCCUCCGAUGCUGCCGACGCUGGCCCGGUGCGCCCCUUUUUGGCCCCCCCUCUCAGGUGGCUCGGGGGUGGCGUCCUCCAGUCAGCCGCACAGGUCUCCACUGUCCAGGUCCGUUCAAAGGACGGCUGGCUUUCCUAACUUUGGGAACCUCUGGCCCUCUUUCUGCCUGCCGCCUCCUCUUGCCGGAAUGUAGACGUCGGCCGAAGUUUUUUCCUGCCGCCUCCUCUUUCCCCGUCCUCCUCUUCCUUCUGCCCCAUGCCUUGUCCUUGCGCACCUCUCCUCGCCGUGCCGCCAGGCGUGUCGGUGUGCCUCUGCCCCGAGGCUUGAAUUUUCUCCAGCCAGUCCGCGCAUGGAGGGCGGGUGGUCUGCAGGCUGGGGCCGCGCACGUUCGGCCGACAAGCCUCCAGCAGCAGCAGGGAUGGACGGGGGCCUGUCCUCGGAGCGUAGCUCUCGCGUCCGCGCCGCGCGCUCUCGUCUCGGCAGUCUCCGGCAGAAAAAAGAGCCCUUAUAUAUGCGCUCAGGCGCAUGGGUGCGCCUGCACACGCCGAGAACGAUCCUCGUUCGGACAGCGAAUUGCGGAGCGCUUUGCCCCCAGUUCCAG